AUGUCGAGUUUUACAAUCACCAUUAAACAAAAAGCAUCAGUUAGUCCAGUCUAUGAAUGUGGGCUUUAUGAAGACACCUACAUCUGUACUGGUGCUCAGUACCAAUUGUACUGUAACACAAGUGUACAUAACUUCUGGUACUCCGGUUAUCUUAACCAGAUCACACACAGAUGCAGUGGUUAUGGCUGUGACUGUACUGUUAGUCCUCGCUUUGACUGUGAGCUCUAUAGCAACAACACUUACAUCUGUACUGGUGUUCACUACCGCAUGUACUGUGAUAUAAAUGACUAUGAACUUCAUUACACAUUAAACCACCAUCACUGCUUGAGGAAUAACUGUGACUGUCAGGGUGAUACGUACAACUGUGACUGCUAUCAAAGUAGAAACUCCACCUGCCUCUGCACUACUGUCAGUCCCACAACUCCAGCUCUGAAUCUCACACUGCUGAAGGAUUGCACGGGCACAGAAUGUUUAACCAAUCUUCUUGAUCUGAUAGAGAACACUACAGAGCUCCCUUUGAAUACAGUCACAGAUCUUUUUGAUGUGGUAUUUAAUGCUUCGGAGAAUCUAAACUCGUCAUUGGAUGACCCAAAGAAAUUAGUGCAAGCAGGGAACCAGGUCUUAAAAUCCAGUGAGAAGCUCGUCUCCAUGUUGGUGAAGGAAACAAACACCAGUGAUAGAGUCAGUUUAAUUCGUGAAACUGUAGAGGCACAAGUCUUCAUGGUUGGACCACUGGUCACCUUAAAUAAAACCAACCUCACCUUAGAUCAAAUCCCUCAGCUCAACACAACAAGUGCUUCAAUAGACAUUGACCUUAUUGGAAAUGCCUUGAACAACAAUGGAUCAGCUGCUGUGGCUUUCAUGAGCUACAACACAAUGGAGGACCUACUGAAACCAGACUUCUUCAUCACAUCAGAUGACACAGUUAAAACCAUGAUGUCCACUGUCAUCUCUGCUACUCUUCCUAAAACGACCAACACAACCCUCACCAAACCAGUCAACUUCACCCUCAAACACAUCAGAGAGUUAAACGACAGUGGGAAUCUUUCCUGUGUGUACUGGAACAUCAGUGAGUGGAUUGUAGAUGGUUGUUCUCUGGUAAAGACCAACAGCAGCUUCACUGUGUGUUCAUGUCGUCAUCUGUCAACAUUUGCUCUCAUCAUGCAAACCAGACCAUCAGAGGAUGAUCCUCUGAUGGAGAUGGUGAAUUUGGUGUUUGUGAUCGUGGGUCUGGUGUUUACUAGUUUGGCUCUGUUGACUUUUGCUUUCUGUCGAUGGAAACCUGGAGUGAACAAUGUAGCUCGAAUCAACCUCUGCAUCAGUCUGCUGUCUGCUCAUCUUCUGUUCUUACUCACACAACAAUUCAUCAAUCUCAUAAAACCUCACAAGGUGAUGUGUGCUGUGAUAUCAGGAGCUCUUCACUUCUUCUUUCUCUCCUGCUUUGUGUGGAUGUUCAUUGAAGCUGUGCUGCUCUUCAUCUGUGUGAAGAACCUAUCACAGAUCAGCUCCAAACAGAGGGCGGUGCUUAACAGCGGAUUCUUGAUUGUGAUUGGAUAUGCGAUCGCUUUUGUAAUAGUGGGCGUGUCUGUUGGACUGGUUCCUGAAGGUUAUGGCAGUGAAAAAUGCUGGAUUAAACAGGAGAAUGGCUUCAUCUGGAGUUUUCUGGGACCUGUUUGCUUCAUUCUUGCAAUAAACACGAUUCUCUUCGUCAGUAUCAUCAUCAUUCUGAACUCAACUCUCAAAAACCUUAAGGCUGAAGUAUCACAGACGAAACAAACCAAGAUUUUGGUUUUUAAAACUCUGGCCCAAAGUGUGAUUGUUGGUUGUCCCUGGAUUUUGGGUUUCUUCGUUAAUAACAGUAAAAUGAUGGAGAUUCUCUUCCUGAUCCUGAACUCACAGCAAGGAACUUUCAUCUUCCUGAUCUACUGUUUUCUUAAUGAUGAGGUCAGACAGCAGUAUCUGGAGUGGAUGAGAGCUGUCUUUCCCUGACUCAAGCCAAAAACCAUCAAAGUUGCCUCUCAAAAACUGAGGGCCAGAUUAUUAAUGUUUAGUAAAUUGUAAGCCCAUAAAAGAGCUGUUAUUAUAAAAAUGUUUUUAUCUAUCACAGUA